AAAUAAUAAGGGGAUCUGGAAUAAAGGCUCGGAUUACUUUCAAAACAGGGACACUUGAAGGCUUUAGAGGCGAAAGGAAAGAAGGAAAAGGUCGAUCAUAAACCAAAGUUGUGAGCAUAGGGAGGGAGGAGAGAAAGCCCUUCAGCUGAUUGGUGAGCAUUUUUUAACUGAGGACCAAUCGGCUUUCAAAGGGAAGAAGGGGCCCAGAGAGGAGAGGGGGAAAGGACCGCUUGCCCUCCACUCCUCCUGCCCCCACCCGCCCCCAUCUGCUCUGACCAUUGGCCUGGGUCUGCCCCUCUGGACCCCUCCGGCCCCAUCCCCACUGGACCAGCUGGUUGGGCCAGGGAAGAGCCAUAAGGGCCCAUUAGUGCCCACUCACAUCCUGGGGGAUUGUGCCCGGCCUUGUCAGCAGCUGAGAACCCGAACAGUGAGAGCCAAGGGGCCACAGAGGAGGGAGUCCGGUCCGACCCAACAAGGAAGAUGGCGACCCCCAAAAGGAGCCUGUCUCAGGUGCAAGCCCGGAUCGGCGCCUCCCAUGGCAUCACCGACCUGAGCCAAAAAAUCCACUUCUACGACGGGUGGGCUUCUGACUAUGACCAGGAUGUGGCCGUCCUGGAUUACCGAGCCCCCCGCCUGGCUGUGGACUGCCUGGCCUCGGCCUUCCCCUCCAGUCCCCAGGAGGCUCUGCUCCUGGAUGUGGCCUGUGGUACUGGGCUGGUGGCUGUUGAGCUGCAGAAACGGGGAUUCUGCAACCUCCAUGGAAUAGAAGGCAGCAAAAGCAUGCUGGAGCUGGCCAAGAGGAGGGGCUUGUACCAGCAGCUGAGCCUCUGUGUCCUGGGCCCAGAACCUCUGCCGGCCCCUGCAGAUCAUUACGAUGCCGUGAUGGUGGUCGGGGCCCUCAGCGACGGGCAGGUUCCCUGCAAUGCAGUGUCUGAGCUCCUCCGCGUCACAAAGCCAGGGGGUCUGCUGUGUCUGACCACCAGAUCCAACCCUUCAAACCUGCCCUAUAAAGAGGCCCUGGAGGCAGAGCUGACCAGGCUGGAGCAGGCUGGGGAAUGGAAGCGAGUCCAGGUCCACACUGUGGAUCAGUGGGAACUGGCUACAUCGGAGCAAGAGACAGCAGGCUCUUCCAGCAGCAGCCCGGCCUUCAUCUCCGGGGUCAUCUAUCUCUAUUGUAAGCAGGAAGCUCCCCCAGCCAAGGCCAGGGGAAAUUAGGAAGACUAUAGGCCGCUGGUCAGACGUCACUUCCAGAGCCUAGUACGUAGUAGGCACUUCAUAAAUAGUGAUCGAUGCUUCAACUUGAUUUUUCUCAUCUGUAAAAUGGGGACAGAUCAAUCCUGCACUGCUCCCUCAGGAAUAUCUGCAAAUACAGCGAAUUAAAAGAGGGAAACGGUUUGAAAAAUUAAUGGCAAAAAGAAAAAAAGUGAUAGUCUACGAAUUGGAGAACUAAUUAUUUGUCUUUCAAAAGAAAAGCUAAAUCGAAUCCAGGUCCUCAGACUCCAAAUCCCAGGGCUUGGUCCCACUCAUUCCGAGUCUCAGAGAAAGGAAUUGCUCAAGCCUUAGAUAAUUUGAACCCUAAGUCACCCCGCUCCAAAUUCAGCAUUAUUUCCACUUCACCCUCCUGAUCCCAUCUCAUUAAAUGACUCAGUUUUAUAAAUAAGCAAACAUACUUCUGCUGAUCAAAUAAAUCAUCCACCUCAAACCCACUUCUGACUAUUGUCCAAAUGGACACGUAGUCGCUGCCAUUGAAGAAAGAAUUAAAAAGCUUUCCUGACUUCAUAGAAUUCUGCCUUUGGUCCUCAGGGAUUUUCUCCGCCAGUGGAUAAUAAUAGGACAACUGCUCUGAUGUGAGACCUGGGUAAUUAUUUGGAUGUUGGGAGGAGGGAGAGGAAGCUCACUGGGUUAAGGCACUGGGUUUAUAAAGGAGGGAGGGAAGAAGGGAGGGAGGCAGGAGGCCACAAGUGAUGGCAGGGCAAGGGGAGGCUGUGAGAGCUCAAAUCCACAGGACUUGGCAACGUGCUGUUUGCUGAGGUACCAGAAGUGCUGCCAAGAAUGCUCCCCCCUUUCUUCCCCCCCCCAAGCCCUCCCACUCAUCAACCCCUCUGGCCCCAAGCCAGGAGCUCGCUUCCCGGGCCCCUUCUUAAUCUCCUGGCCAAGAUGGAUUUUUCUGCACCGUUCCGUUUCAGAAAUCCCUCUAACAACCCCCUCCAGGUAAAACAUCCCAGAUUAGGGGGAAGGGGAGACGUCUGGUCAAAGGUGAACCGGAGGGGUUGGGGACAUGCUGGAACUCUCCUUCCUGGGUGGGACUCCCCCUCCCCCUCCCCAACCCCUCCCCAGCCAUCUGCCCACUGAUGCACACCUGGUGAUUCAGACCCAUUCAUCCAAAGACAGGGCAGAGCAGGGGACAAGUCUCCAGAGCCUGGGAGACUGACCCAUAAAUCCUCCCGAGAGCCUUUGGGAUUCCCAGCAGCCUCUCGACCACUGACUGGUCCAAGCUUCUCUACCUUUCUCGGGAUUGGUGAAUUCAAAAGCAGAAGGAGUUUAUUCCUCCUAGGUUAGCGUUUCUGUCUCCCUACCCUAAGUAGCCCUUGGAAAAGGUCCAGGGGUUAGGGGUUCCGCCUGGCCAGCUCCCGCCUUCCACAGUCAGACUCCGGGAGUCUCCGGUGCCAGUAAAACAAAACAAAACACAGACGUCUUUUUGUAUUUUUUUAAUGAGGGAUUAUGUCCACACCAUUGGUAGAUUAUUCAAUAAACCCGUAGUUACGUUAGUUCCAGCUGGGCAUGGCUGUCUGUUCCUUAAUCUACAGAAUCCAACGUACCCCAUCCAUCCCGGACAAUUUCUGUCCUCAGAAACCUGAGCCUGAGCUCUGUGACUUUGACCUUGGAACCCUCAUGCUGUAUAUUCUCAUUCUCUCUCUCUCUCUC